GAGAGAGACAGAGAGAGCAUGCGUGGUGACCCCUCGGUCAUACUACUGACGCAGUUAGUCGUUUUCGCGGUAUGUUAUAGUGAGCACGAGUUGCGUCCUUAGUCUCACAAAGGCCCGGGCGACGCCGCAAGCACUCUCCCUCCUGCGCUCUCCUCCUGCCUUCCCGCGCGUGUGAUCAACCUGCAGUCCUCAGAAUGAGGAAGGACGUAGUGAUAAUGUUCGCCCGACUCGCGUUCCUUAUUGUGGGCGUGUGGGGCCACGGGCGGCUGAUGGACCCGCCCGCGAGGAACGCCAUGUGGAGACUCGGCUACCCGAACCCCGUUAACUACAACGACAACGAACUCUACUGCGGAGGAUUCGUAGUCCAGUACCAGAAGAACGACGGCAGGUGCGGCGUCUGCGGCGACAACUGGGCCGAUAAGGUGCCCCGGGACCACGAGGCGGGCGGGCUCUUCGGAAAUGGCAUCGUCGGCAGGAGAUACGUCGCAGGACAGGUGAUCGAAAUCGAGGCCGAACUGACGACCAACCACAAGGGCUACAUGGAGCUCAAACUCUGCCCUCACAAUGACCCCAAGACCAUCAUCACCCAAGAAUGCCUGGAUGAGUACCCUCUGAUGAUCGAAGGCACACGGGAGUCCAGGUGGGUCAUCCCCGCAGACAGCAAGAAGAAGGAGAUCUUCAAGUGGAAGGUCCAGCUCCCAGAGGGCAUCACCUGUACCAACUGCGUCGUACAGUGGAAGUAUUUCGCUGGAAACACGUGGGGCACCAACACCCAGGGCGAGACGGGCCAGGGCAAGGGGCCGCAGGAAACCUUCGUGAACUGCGCCGACGUCGUCAUCAACACGCAGACGGGCGGCUUCGCAGGAUACCCGCCUGGCAGCAACCAGAUUGACAACCCUUGGGCGCUUUACUACAAGGAUGAGUUCCCCGGGAUACCCAAGGAUGCCAACACCUCCAAGAGGCCCGGCCAGCUCAUUCCCCUUGUUGUCAGGUCCCAGCGAUGCGUGCCAAUCAACGAGUACGAGCGGGUACAGGGUAUGGGCGGCUGGUGCCGGGAGAACUGCCUCAAAUACCCGCCCAACUGCCACCCUCAAGUCUGCAAGUGCUUAACCCAGUGCGAAGCCAUCGGUGAUUUCGCCAAGGAGAAAGACGCCGACAUUUUCUGCCACCAAAACUGCCUCAAACUGGAUGCCUUUUGUCCUAAGGGUAAAUGCAGAUGCUAUUAGGACGUUUGGUUCUCGCCUUUUUUUCAACCAGCGAUUUUUGAGGAAGGAAAACCAACAUGGCGGACGAGAUUCUCAGCUGCAGAAUAAAAUAAAUGUUCUGUUUUCUAUUGUGGGCGAGGUUGCAGGCCAUUCUUGUGACCGUAAAGGAACUCUUAUUUUUCGACUGUUAACUGAUUUAUUUUGAUAUUAUAUACUGCAUCGUUGUUGUUGUUGUUAUUGCUAUUGUUACUACUAUUAUUAUUAUUAUAAUAAUCACUCUCAUUGCUGUCAGUAUCAGUCAUUAUUAUCA